CCCAAUAACUUUGAAAGGCGCGCCAUGGUUCGCCAAACUUGGCCUAAUCACUUGAAGAAUCAAUCCAACAUCUAUAAUCAGCUGGACGUUGUCGGAUUUGGCUUUAUCGUGGGUCUCACGAGGGACAGGGCUGUCCAGCAAAAUGUGAUGGAAGAAAAUGAUAAUUACGGAGACAUUUUACAAAUCAACACGAUGGACAAGUACGUGAACUUGUCGAUGAAAGUAGCUGGCUUGCUGAACUGGGUCGACAAUUAUUGCCCCGGGGUCGAUUACGUUUUAAAGGUGGACGAUGACGUUUACGUCAAUGUUCAUAACUUGGCAACGAUCCUCCACUCGCUAUCACCGUCCGAGCGCAGUGUUUACGGCCGCCAAUGUGGCGGAAAUCUUCCGGCGCGGAGUGGAGGUAAAUGGCCAACAAGUUUUGAAAAUUGGCCGUGGCAGCGGUUUCCAUUGUAUUUUCAAGGAGCUGCAAUUGUCAUUGCUGGCAGUGCAGUUCGUCCAAUACUGGCAGCUAUACAGACAACUCCUUACUUCAUUUGGGACGACAUGUACCUCAUCGGACUGUGCGCUGUAAAAGCGCGGAUUCUUCUACGCACAUCUAACCAGAUUUUCAUUGAACAGCCAGACGACUACGCUGAUCCCUGUUUUGUGCGAAACUCGAUUAUGUGGACGACACCGAACACGGAUGGAAUGCAUUCGUCGCAUUCUGUGAGCCACAAUUUUUACCAUCAACAUCCAAAAACUGCACAUUGCCACCUAAUAAGAAACAGGAGUACUUACACGGACGAUCCGGCCACUGCAGCCGAAUUUCCCUUCAGUUUAGCAAAGCAAAAUUAAU